CUCAGCCUCUUUCCUCCUCUCAGUCUGGGGGAAGUUCAGUUGACCAGCGUCGCAACUAAGCGAUGCGCCUCCAGAAGAGCGUGAACCUUUUCGUGGUGGAUUUGACGCUCAUCUCGCAGCCUAAACCCUAAAUCCUAAAUCCUAAAUCCUUCACGACCUGAGCGACACUUUGUUGUUGUUGUUUCAUCACUUCACUAACGCCUCUUUAACUCGAAGAGAAAAACUCUUGACAGGACAAGGUUUUCGGAACUGAAAACUGGCUGCUCGCAUUGAACAUUUCUUACUCCUGAACGAUCUCCCGUGGGAGGAUUUGAUUUCUAAACACCGACUUGCUGCUUUACUGGAGAUGGUGUUGAAAACGCUGGGAACACUCGCUUUGUUUUGAGUUUUUGUGCUCAGUCUGAGUGAUUUGGAGGCUCUGAAGCAUCUUUGAAAAACAGCAGGGAGCACAGAGGAGGCUGUUUCUCUAAAGGCUGAUUUAAGGUAAAUAUGACUUUUCUUUUGCAUCUUCACAAUCCACACAUUCUUAAUCAUCUAUUACUGUUUUUUACUGUAACGUGAAACUUAGAGGACUUCAAUCUGUAGAACAUGUCCACACUUGAAUUCAGCUAUUGAUAAGGCAUCAGAAAUGAUAUGACAGCUUACAUGUUGUAUAUUUUGUACUGAAGGCUGUAUUCUGUGAGUGAAAACAAGUGUUAGAAACAAGUCUGAAAGUGAGCCCAUGGUUUCAAACAUCUAUUAGUGGGAAUGACUGAAGAUGGCAGUCCUCUUUAGCAAAGUGUGUUUUCAACUCUAAAAUCCUCCUGAUGUCAUUCACUCUUUCUGGAGUUCCACAAGGAUCUAUCCUGGGCCCCUUAAAAAUCACAGUCUACAAAAAAGCAACUCGACCAGGACUGCGUCUUCCUUUGAGUAAUUCAAAGUUUACGCCUGGACGUUCAAAAUGAGUGAAAAAGCUGGGACCAGACAGGCACAUGAAAAGUAAAGGUGGCAAAGGGGAACUUUUUUUUUUUUUGUUCUAAUUCUUUCAGAACCAGACUGAAAAAAUCCUCCAGUAAUUAAGCAGAAACAGACUUUUGUCUGACUCUUCCAAGGCUGGAAAGCAGCUCUUGAAGCGCCAACAAAGUCUGCCAAUGCAAGUCCAAAUUUUUGGUCGGAUCUGGCAAAAGGAAUAAGAACAACUGGGGAGAUUCUGGCAAUGACUUCUGCAGUCACUCUCCAAUAGUUUUGACUACUUUUUUCCAGAGAAGAGAAAGACAAAAACAGUCCUACAGUAGACUCAAAAAAUCAUGAGCUUCUUUUGGACUCCUGUGAGUUACGUGUUUUCUGUGUGUGCCUUCAGCUUUAAGUGAAACAUCUCAGUUUAGUGAAGUAGAAUACUUCAGGUCUGUUAGGUCUGUUAGUUAUCUCACAUUUAAGAUCAAUCAUUUAAUCAGCAGAUCAGACUCUGUGUGUUAUUAUUAACAAGGACCCAACAUGAAGAUCCGCUCUGGAUCUGUGGCGAGGAAACCUUCCCCUUAACAGGCAGAGACCUCGAGCAGAACCAGACUGAUGUAGGGCUGCACGAUUUUGGCCCAAAAAAAAUCCUGAUUUUUUUCUCUGAAAACUCGAUAUCGAUUUUUUAUUCAGCGACAAUUUCACCAAACUUCGCUUUAAAAAUAAAAAGUUUUUCUAUCAUCUCUCAAACUAAACCACUGAAAACAAUGUAGUGCAUAUGCCAAGCCAGUAAGUGGCGCUGUAACGCUGCAGAGGAAAUGCACAAAAGACAGAAGAAGAGUACAGAGCAUGUCUAUAAAAGUUGUUUUGGCCGGACAUGCGCAGGCGCGAUGAAAAAGUUAUGCUGUGUUUCACAUGAUCGUUUCCAGAGAUGCAGAUAGACAUCCACACGAAGAUGAAAUUGUGGUUGUUUACGGAUUUAUGCACUCUCUGACCUGUUUUCAAAAAGUAUUGUUUACAGUCACCUGAAACGCUGUUUCCUUGUGAAUAAAACGCUGGUACGACAAAAACUUUUGCGUUUACUCCUGAAAUUGUUUCCCUGUGGACAGCUUGAUACCGCCUUCAGACAGACUUUGCAGCGGGGAGUGGUUUGCUCUUCAUCCGAAACUGCGAAGCCAUACCAAUUCCACACGACUGACUCACUCUUGUCCUAUUUAACCACAAAAUUAUCACCUUCUUUUGCAAACGCUAUGUUUGUUUACACUGGUGUGUGGGAACUGGGGAGCACUCCUGCAGGAAGGGGGAGCCUACGGUGGCCUGGAGGUGUGAGACAUGAUAGAGAGGAAAAUCGAUUUGACGAUUUUAAUUUUUUUAACAUCAUCAUGAUCAAAUAAUCCGAUAACGAUUUAAAAUUGAUUAAUCGUGCAGCCCUAGACUGAUGUCUGUCAGUCAUCUGCUGAGAUUGUGCCAGGAUUAUAGAGGGGGAGAGAAGGAGAUGCAAAAAGAGAGAGAUGGACGGAGACAAUGCAAAUUGAAAAAGUGCCGUUUGUAAUAAAAUAAUAGUGAGAAGCAGCUGGGAUCAGGCUGGUCGUCAGUAACGAGUCAUCUGCAGCAGCAGUCCACAGGAAGCUACAGGAUGAGGGAGCUAAGAGAAAGAAGUGUGGUUAGCAAGUUGAUUGGGACAUGUAGAUUUAAAGUUAGAGAUAGAGACACACAUGAAGGAGAGAGAAGGAAAUACAGGAGCUCAGUGUUCCAGCUCCAGCAAAGGUUUGAAUGAAGCGCCAGUAUGGAUGCAGAAGUUGUCACUGCUUAGUCUGCAUGUUAUAAACACUCAGUAUGUUUACAUGCACUUAAAAAAAUCAAUUUAUUGCAAUGGUCCAACUGAAACGAGACUUUUAAAAUGCAUGUAAACAUGUUAAUCCGGCUGACAUACCUGGGACCUGAGCUGGUGAUUAAUGAGAAAUGAUGGAGAGCACCAUCCCCACCACCUUCACCCAGUGAGGGACAUGUGUAAAAGAGCAACUCUGGAACAUUUCUGAGUCAAAGCCAAUGAAAUUUGCGAGAAAACAAACAGAGUCUAUGUGUGAAAGAGGGGGGAACCUGACACACCAGCACGCACUCCCGCAUACACCCACACAAACUCCCCGCUGACACAGGGAGGAGAUAAGACCUUUAAUUCUUGUUUUUCAGUUUGGUUCACCAAAUCUCACAAGUCCUCCACCCCGAUUACAACACACCAUCUAAGACCAUCACUGACAUGAGCCCCUGUCUUAUCUAUCAGUAUCAGGUUUUCAAACUUUCAAUUUCAGCCGCCAAGAGUUGAAUGUUUUCACCUAACUCGGACUCUUCGGGGACCCAGAGGGCAGGGCAGGUUCAGGGCGGGGCCCGCAAGUGCGUCAGCUCCACUCAAACCCCUCCAUACUAAUCUGAGACUCAUCAUGGUGGUCAGGGCGGAGAGGUCUGGAGGAUGUGAGGUUUUCGUGCGUGGAGGCAGCGAUGUUGCAGGUUGCAGCCUCGUUGCAUCAUGCUGCUCUCUGCAGACUGGACCCGGAGCCGAGCAAACUCCUUUCCUGUUGUUGUUGGGUGCGCUUGUCUCAGAGCCCACUUCCACCCACACUGUCUGCAGCACGGUCGGAGUGUUCGCUCAUACAUAUGGCAUAUAUGACUCUGUCAGAGAGAGAGAGAGAGAAAGAGAGAGAGACAGAGGGGUUGAGCUAAUUUAGUGUGGUUGUACUGGAAUGAGUUAAAGAAGGAAGAAAGGAAAAGAGAAAAAGAAAAGAACUAGAUACAAAAAAUAUAAAUAAGAAAAAGGCAAGACAUGUUUAAAAAAGGUAUAAGACAUGAAAUAACAAAAAAGAAAAAGUAGAAAAAGUAGUAAAUGAGUCAACAGAAAAAAUGAAGAAAGAAAAAAUAAAUCAAAAGUAUUUGUAAUGAAAAAAUGUUAAAAGAACAAACAAACUGGCAAGAAUUGGUAAAGAAAGAAAGAAAGAAAGAAAGAAAGAGACAAAUAAAAACAGAACAUGAAAAGAAGGAAAGAUAGAAAACAAGCAUGAAAGAAAGUAAUAUAGAACGAUAAAAAAUAAAAAAUGCAUAAAGAAAGAAACAAGAAACAAAAGAAAAUUGUAAAAGAAAGAAGGCAAAAUAAAAAGAAAGACACAUAAAGAGAAUGAAAUAAAAAAUACAGAGAGAGAGAGAGAGAUAGAAAUCAGAAAAAAAUAAAGAAAAAGGAGGAAUAGUGAAGAAAAAAAUAAGAAAAAAUGCUCAGAAAAAAGAGAGAUGGGGAAAAAAAUCAACAAAGGAAUAGAGAAAAUUUCAUUUUUUAGAAAGAAAGAAAGAAAGAAAGAAGAAAGAAAGAAAGGAAAAAAACUUUUUUUUCAAAAAUGGAAAAAAUUAAGGAAAUUGAAGAUGCCAAAGGAAAAAAAAAAGUUGAGGAUAGACAGAAAAAGAAGUUUAUAAAGUGCUAAAGUUUGAAGUUCAGGACAGACAGAGACCCUCACCCCUCUCCCCCCUCCUCCCCCCUGAAGCCCCCCGUGUAGCCGCUGGCCUGGCCCCUCUGUUGUCUCCACACUCUGCCUGCUGUUUACACAUGAUGGGUUGAGCGGGUUCAGCUCAGCUAUAAAAGCACCACUCCCCCGUUUUUCUCCCCUGCGGCUGAGGCAGGAGUCAGGAGGCCUCGAACGAGAGGAGAGGGGAGGUGAGGGUGGAGGUGGUGGUGGUGGAGAAGGAGGCCUCCCCUGAUUCUCCCCUCUGCCUCUACUGUACAUAACUCUUUUUGACUUUAUUUUCUUGUCUCCUCGGCGGGUUGUGGUCUCGUGUUUGGGCCCAGCCCUGGACCAGACAUUCAUUUUUGUCCUCUUAGUUUCUAACCACUAACUAACCACUGGCUCCCUGCAUCUCCUCCCCCCUCCUCCUCCUCCUCCUCCUCCUCUUCCUCCCCCUCCUCCUCUUCCUCCAUCUUAGGAAUGUCUUAUUCACCUCCUCUCUCUGUCUCCGGUCUCUGAUUCCUACACGCUAAAAGCUCGCAUGCAUCUUUUCCAACAUCUGCAGAUAAACACUCAAAUCUGUGCACAUGCUCUGCUUACACAAUCUAAUAAACACUCAGACGUGCACACACACACACACUUUGACACACAAUAGGCCCCCCUGUCAGUGUGUGCCGACCACCUGUGAGGGUACACACACAUCCAUAAACCUCCCUUUCUUCUCUCGCUCUUUUUCCAUUAUCCUCCUGAGAGCCCAGCACGGAGGCCUUCACUUCCAAACCAAACAUAGAGCAAAUUCCACAAACCCCACCCCGACAUCCCCCUCCAUCGCUCCCUCUCUCCCCCUUUUCUUAUUCUCCUCGCCCCUCCGUCUCUCCCUCUAGCUGCCUUAUGCUCCUUUACUUUUUAGUUUGUGUUUGAGGAAGAGGGGAGGGGGGGCAAACAAAAUACCAGACUCCAUGAAAAAGCCUUUUUUGAAAAACGUGAGCGGAGAGAAAGAGGAAAAAUGGAAAAAGGAGGAAAGAUGUCUUGGAAAGGAAAAGGAAUAAUGGGUGAAAAGAGGGAUGGAGCGCCGUUGCAGAUGGCGAUAGAGUCAAAAUGAGCUUUUUCUGUGUCCCAGAGGCUCGUACAACUGAACGAGGAUGAAAAAACGGCUGUCUUAUUUUACUGCUGCGAUCAGAUCCUCAGCAUCGAAAACUUUGUACUGAAAUCUUUAUUGUUUCAAGUACACAAUUCAAAGCUUAACACUCAGAAACAAAGUCUGUUAUCUGUCUAUAGCAGACCGUUGCUAUGGGGAACUGGCUGUUGUUAGGGUGUGGCUCUGAUUUUAUGCUGCGUUCGAGUUACCUCGGAAGUCAGAAGUCGGAGCUGAAAAUGACAUCACAUCCAAGUUCCCAAAAAAGCAAAACUGGAAGCCUGAAACAAGAUGGCUACAUCUACGAAAGUUACUUUAGCACCUGCCAUGUCCGAAUAUAAGGCAAGCGCUAAAAUAAUUUUCGUAAAUGUCAACAUCUUGUUUUAGGCCUCCUAUUUUGCUUUUUUCCGACUUGGUAACUGAAACGCUGGGAACUUUCAGCUCCGACAUCUGACUUCUGAUGAAACGCAGCCACACUCUAACGGACUCGCUGUAAUCAUACCAAUGUGCAGAGAAGAAGACAAGAAGUCCGGUACUUUUAAACGUUGGUUUGCUCAUGGUGCAAAACCCAAGAACGUGACCCCUGCAUUAGUUAGCGGUCCAGUUUGACCGGCCUACCCCUGAACUUCUGGAAACUCACAUUCAAUUAAUGAUUUCCUCAAGUGAGCUAACGUAGCUGUUGUUACUCGAAUCAAACUGGUAGAAUUAAACAACUUGGACAGAGCUGCAUAAAUCAGUGCAGGACUCGAGUCUGUACAUUUACAUGCACCGUUAAAUCAAGCUACAAUUACAGCUGGAUUAGGUGAUUUAAUUUGACAACUAUCCAUGUCCCAGUUUACAAGAACGAGGCAGAAAUUUAAUUAUUGAUGGAGGCAUUUCUGCCUCCGCAACAGUAGGUGGCGACAUGCUCCCUUUCUGCUUGUUACCGGUUCAGCUCCUGGUCGACCUUUUAUGCACCAAAACAAAUGCGCUAGCAAGUGGCCAACAGGACGACAGCGAUGAAAACACCGUCACAAAAUGUUUAUUUUAGUGAGACUUCAGUCAGGUUAACAUGUUUUUAUGUAUUUAAAAGUCACAGUCAGUUACAGUCAGACCGUUGCAAUAAAUCAGUUUUGAACAACUUGUUAAUGUAAUUCAAGAGUUUUUCUGCCUCAGCUAAUGAGAUUUUCCUCUGUUCAUCCAUUCUCCUGAUCUAAUCGUGUGUUCUGCUAAGUGUUGACUCGAUUUUGUAGAUCCGGUUGCAGCCAAGUUGUAGAUCCAGUUUUUGUGUCUUCUCUCCUCUGUUUUAAUCGUCUCCUGGUUUUUCCACCACAAACGAACUGGUGUUAAAUCUAUCAAAGAGCUGGGCGAUCAAUUUAGUUUACGAUCAUGGCUCCUAACAAUCAUGAAAAGAUGAUUAUCGAGACAAGUUUGAGAGCAAGAGGGAAUAGGAAAGUUCAUCGUAGGCUGCUGCGUUCAGGAAGAGGCAGGUGGAGAGAGGAGGGCAGGGAGAGGAGCAGGAGGAGGCGGAUGUGUGUGAUGUCUGAAAAGCCAAGGGACAGCACAACAACAAAGAAGCUGCAGUGAUCACGAGCGUCCAGCGUCAGUGGCUGCCAGACCUAACAGCAGCCCAUGUCAAGUCUUGGUAGCUUGAAAAAGCAGGAUGAUGAUAAAACGUGACCCAGGUUAUAAGGCUGGGCAAUACAGCCUCUAAUCAAUAUCGCGUCAUAUUGAGCAGAUCACCUUGAUAAGGAUAAAUGGACGAUAACUACUCCAUAAGCUGCUCACCCCCUCCUACAUUAACUUCGUCUACUUCAGCCGCUUCAACUUUUGAACCGUUCUCCAUCUCCUCAUCUGUCUUUACCUCUUUUUCAUGGAGUGGAUGGGGUGGAGUCUCAUCUCUGAUGUAGGACAGCGUCUUAAAGGGACAUGAGACCAUAGCCUACCAACACACAUCCAAAACAACUUUUAUUUAUAUGUUGACAUGAGCAAAAUGGCGACAGUUAUUGUCGUAAAUUUUGGUUUAGGUAAAUUUUUGGUUUAUCGCCCCGCCCUACCAUGUUAUUUUAUUCAAAGAGUAUUAUCAUCAAAGUAAAUUCAAAGCUCAUUGAGUGAGGUUAUGAAUCGGUUCAUGGCUCCUUUUCCUCAAAUCAAUAACGGCAGGAGAAAACUAUUUAUUUCACUUGUUGAUGUGUUUGAAUUACGCAAGAUUUCAAGAGUGUUUAAGUUUUGUAAACAUGUGAAGUGAAGAUGUUAAAUCCUGAUAUGAUGUUAAAUAAUCACUAGUCGUUUGAGGUAUUUUAAAGAUAGUUGCAGCAACUUAGAAAAGUCAUCAGACCAAUCAGAAGCUGUUGAAUGAAGCAGACAUUGGAAGUUGUGUACCGUGUCUUCAUGUGGAGUCCUCUUGGCAGCUUUAAUAACGUCAGAUCUGUUUCAACAUUAUUAAUUCCUCUCUCCUUACCGGGACAUUUUUCCAGCUCAUUACUUUGUUAUUUCAUGGAGCCUUUUCUCUGUCUCUCUGUCUUUGUUUCCCGUCGAGAAUGAGAGGACCGGCCUCCAGUACAGCUGGGAUUGGUUAUUAUUUACUGGCUUGGCACACUAACACACACACACACACACACACACACACACACACACACACACACACACAUAUGCAGUGGAAACAAAUUGGGUGAAUCUGCUCUGCACGUAGGAAUGUGAGGCGCAUGUGUUUGUGUGUUUUAGGUCUGGAUGACAGAGCUGAGGGAAUGAGAGAGGGAUGAAGGAAAGAGAGGACAAAACAGAAAGAAAAGAAAAUAAGAGCGAGAGAAGGAAAAGGGAUUGAUUUUUGCACGCAGACUGUUCUUGGCCUCGUCUGUCUCGCCUGACAACGAAGGUUAAACACACUUCUCUCCCUCAGUCUUACUUUUCUUCUCUUCCAACUCCCUUUCCUCUCCUUUUCUUACCACCCCUCCUUUUUCUGUCAUUCAUUUCCCUAAUUCUCCUUCCUUCUGUUUGUCCCCAUAUCCUUCAUCCUUCAUCCUUCAUCCGUCAUCUCCAUCCUCUGUCUCUCUCUCUUUCCCUUACUCCUCAGAAGAAGUGGAUGACAGGUUGGGGGAGGUGGAGGAGGAAUAUUUGUCCGACUGAUGUUGAAGAAUAACAGAGAGGGCAGGCAGAGAGAUGGAGUGAAGGGGGUUUUGACAAGGUUUAUGUAUGUAUGUAUGUAUGCAUGCAUAUGUAUGUAUAUAUGUGCAUUUUUGAUUUUUUAGGGAGUGGCUUUGUUGGUUUUAUUGUGUUAUAUUGUGUGGAAGUGUGUAUGAUUGUGAGUGGGUUAGACUUCAGGUAGAAUAGUAGAUACUUAAAGGAUAGGAUGACUAUACGUUCUCUUUUACCCAAACAUGUCCUUGUUUUGGGGGCUGUCCGGUCUGUCUGGACUGUCCAGGGGGAGUUUAUAAAACCCUUCACAUGUCCGGGGUUUUGUAUGGAAGAUUUGAGUUUUUUUUAGCAUGGACUAACUGAGUUAGAAGAGUGUAAAAAACACUAGACCUGACCCCAAAAAAAACACAAAAAUUUUGCACGUGAGUCUGCCCCGCAGUGUAGUGUCCUUCAGAAUAUGGUCACCCUAUUAAUGGAGAACCUAAAAAAGAAGGAAGAAUAAGAUUUGUAAUAGACUCAGUAUGGAGUCAAAAGGAGGCCAGGAAGCAUCGUUCAUGCAAAUUGAAGUGUCGUAAACAAAUGAUGCUUGUACAAAACAUUCUGGCCUCUCUUUGACAGGGGGCGGGGUUAGAUGAGUGGCGUGUCUAUGGGGGUGGGGUUAGAUGGGUGGGAGUGUCCAGAGAAGAAAAUCUAACCAAAUGUAGCCAAUGAGGGUGUAUCAUGGUGUGUUGACAGAUGGUAAAGCCUACUUCCUUGGCUAAUUCACCAACUGUUCAUACCUGAGAUCCUGCACCUAGAGUUACUUUGCAUAGGCCCUCAUUUAAAAACACGGAGGAACUGACAGUGGCUGUGACCGAAAUGGAUCCCUAAUCCCUAUAUAGACGACUAUAUGGGGGUUAGCGCCAUUUUGAGGGGUGUCCGAAACCUCAGUGAUCAAUUCCAGUGCCCCAUAUAGACGACCUAAAUUUCCCAUAAAGCAUUGCAAAAUGCAGUGACCAUCCGAUGGUCACCCACCGGUUGUGGGCAUCCCGUCGUGUAUUGCGUCUUGUCAUGUAGUGUCUGAAACCCCUGGUGAUUGAGUUCACUACAUAGUCAACUAUAUAGUGAAACCCCAUAUGGGGGUUAGGGGUUAGAGAUUGAGUGAUUCAUUUCGGACACAGCCAGUGUCUGUAUUUGAGUCACAUGACCCUCAAGUUUAAACAUGCACAUGUGUUGAGACGCCCAGAAAACACUAGAUUAAGUGAGCCAGAUUAUGGUAUUUGGUAUUUAAUUCUUCAUUUUUCAACUUUUCUCCCUCGGUGAGUUAAAAUCAGAGUUGGUUUUAUCAAAAAGUCCCACGGUUUAAGUGGGCGGGUGUUAUCCUGCUCGUCUAGCUGCUUCUUAAUGUCGGGACAGGUACAGGCUGUAAAACUAACAGGACGCAGAGGGUUUACUUUCACCUGCAGGGCACAUAUAUAUUGUGUUGAUGUGAAAAUCACAUGCUGAAGAUGACUGUGUGUUUUUGUCUAAUUAGAAGAGCCAUCAUGAGGCGCGGUUUAAACAUACUCUUAAACGCCCACAGAAAUGACUGAUCGUUUAAAAAGUCAUCAGUGAGACAUUUUUGAGAGAAAAUCAGACAAACAUUAAACAUUUGUGGACAAGACUCUUACCAGGAUUGAUGCACUUUAAGUCUGCAUGAGUUAAAGUGAAGGAGAGGUGUUUUAUCUUUGACUUUGUCCACUGAAAAUGAUCAGAAGUUGCAGAUUUUCUUCAACUCUUAAAGGUUAAUCUUUGUUUCAGCCUCUGCAGUAGAGGAGUAACGUGAUCCAUACAAACUUGCACCGAGAUGGUCUCAGCUGGGAGUUUGUGUAUCAUGCCUAUACAUGGUUAAGUUCAUCUUUGAGCUGCGGGGGGAUAAAGUGGGAUGAGUUGAGUUUAUCCUCACUGCAUCGCCUCACCAAACCCAACUCCUCUCACUCUUAUCUGACUCUGAUGCAUCCUCUGUUUGUCUAGGAAUGAACUCUCUCUGGUAAUAUCCAGAGAAGGUUUGUUUUAGCAUUAGAUAAUGACAGGAGUUUACAUGGUUUCAUGUCAGAGAAAAUUCUGCCUACACGCCUGAUGAGCUGUAGUUUGGUUUUCCUGCACAGGGUCGGAUUUUGGAAUGAUCAUUUCCAUUCAAGUUAACGUGUCAAAUUCCACCGGCUUCUUUCCAGCCCCCCAGAGGUUCAGCUGACUUUUUCUGGACACUACAGCAUUCCGCAUAAAUUCAGCUCAGAUUAACCCGUGCUGGAAAAGAAGUCGGGCACAGACACGAUAUAAAACACCCGGCUUCUUUUCAAAAUAAAACACUAUAUGUUUCAGGCGGAUCGUACAUCACAUCAUGCAAACGUGGGCGGGGGACAAACAAGUCAAAGGUCUUCAGAUGUCCAUGAAAUUUACCUCACAAACGCAUCGUGUAGGAAUUGGCAGGCAGCGAAAAUCGUGGCCGUUCAGAUGCGGUGGAAAUUGGGUCAGCUGUGCCACAGAAAUGUUCCCAGAUUCUCUGAAUCUUGUAAUAAAACAAUUAAAUAUUUUGAUCCUGUCAAGCUAUUUUCUCACACAUUAUCUGUGUCUUUUGCGGUGUCCUUGGGUGUUUUGAAAGGGACCUUUAAAUACAAUAUAUUAUUAUUACUGCUAUUGUCUCAGAAUGAUGAACCUUUAUCUGUCUUUACUUUGAGGGACUUAAAAGCCUCUUAUUUGCCCAGGUUAAGGCUCCUUCAGGUGAUUUUUUUCACAUUUCCUUCAUCUUUUAUUGUCUCCAAAUAAACUUUAAAAAAAAAAAAGUUUUGUUGGCAUCAAAUUUAAAAUGACUAAUUUUCCAUUUCAACAUCCAGUAUGUUGUCUUUGCCCCAUUUCUAGUUAAAUUCAGGAUCUGAAAAACUGUCAAAGCAUCACUUUCUGUUUCAUUAACACUUUAAACAGCAUCCUUGUCUUUUUGGAAAAGUUGAAAAUGAGUCAAGAGUAAAAAAAUAUUCACUUUAGAAACACUACACUUUUAUAAAACGAAAUUAAUUUACUGUUACUUCAGUAUAUCCUGUAUGUGCAUCAUACAUUUAUUAUCGAAGUUUAAUUUAACAUGAAUUUCAUCAAAUUGCAUCAAAUUUCCUGCGUCUUACAGUGAUGCAAAAGUUUCCGUAAAAGUAAAGAAAAAGUAUUUUUCAAAGUGAGAAGCUGGAUAAACCCUACACCGAGGAUGACUCCCCCACUCAGUCACCACCACUCCCCUCCUAAAUGGUUCAGACGCCUGUGUCAGAGUGAGAUACACGGCACGCUCGACUGGUGGCUAUUGCAGACUUGCUCUGCAAAGUUGCAUCACUUUGCGCUGGUGAGAGAGGGGGGAGAGAGAGAGAGAGAGACAGAGAGACAAAGAAAAGGAGCAUAAUACUGAGAAAUAAAACCGGAAAGUGCAAGGAGAGGAAAGGGUGGGAACCCACGUCUGUCUUCUAUAAUUUCUGUAUUUCCCCUCGUCUUCUCUUCUAUCCCGGUUUUCCACCGCCUCUCCUCUCAAACAUUUAAAUUUCUCCUGUCCGGUAAGAAAUUCGCUCUCCUGAAUGCUGGCAGUGAGACCACGCCGUGAAUCAGAGCUGACAUGAUAUAAAACACUCACAAGCUGUGAACACAGACAGUAAAUUUCCCUUCCCAGCCGUGGAGGCAGAAACCACCUAACUGCAGUGGCGGUGGUUUUGUUUUCGUGACUUUGAAACGAGAUACUGUCAUUAUACUGUUUUGGAUGAUGUGUGAGGACUUGGGCCUAAACAAAAAACACAUUUUGUAAUCUGAAAGGUGCCAGGAGGUCAAUAAGGAAAGAAAGCUGUGUGUUUGUCUGCUUUCUGUGCCUCUAAGAAGGACACAGUUAUCCUCGUCUCCAGCUCACCACAGUCUGCGUGAUAAGAGGACUCCCCGCUGUUUCCUUCAUGCUUUUUAACCCCUCUACAUGUCCUCAGCGGACUCCUUACUGCUCAACUUAAACCACUCUCCCUUCUUUUUUUUUGUUUUGUCCGCUGAACUGUUCCCAGCUUUUUCAUUUCCAACCAGUUAUAGCCAUUUCCCAUGAAGGCACCACACGUCACCCUUCACAGUCAGCCUCUCUCCUUCUGUCUCCAUAUGCCUCCAAGUCACGAAAACAAAGCCUCCUGUCAUCCUCGCUGUUGCAGCAGCAUUGCGUAAUACCUUAUAAGGAUGUGGGAUGGAAAGAUCAAAGGAUGUAACCCCUAAAAAAACACGGCCUGACAUCAUUUAUGAAGUGAUGGACCGUCUUCAAUCGUUCCCUCCACCCACUGAAAUCGAUUCUCUACACCAGCAACUUUAAAAACAGAGUUCAUUCACCAGUCGGCAACUGGAGAGUCUGUCUCUGCGUCUGUCUUUUCACAAAGAUCAGACUUCUCAGACAAAAGAGGGAGAAAGACGAGGAUGAGGAAGACGUGAUUAAAAAGUUUUUGAGUAAUAACAUCCGAACAGGAGGAAGCAAUAUAUCCCGAAGACGAGAACGGCUUCACGUAGAGCGCAAGUGUUGAAAAAAUGAAGGAGAAAAAAAAAAGGGGGACUUAAAAAAAAAUUCUCUGGAGGAUAUAAAAUGGAAGAGAAGAAAGAAAAGAGUGGGAGGUGCAGAGGGCAGAGGAGAGGGGAGGAGAACAGGAGAGGUAUGCUCAGUUGGAGGACUGGGAGAGGAAAACCACAGGAAGGAGUGAGAGGGAGGGAAGUCAAGAGAGAGGGAGAGAGAGAGGAGUGAAAAAAAAGUAAAACAGGGAGAGAGAGAGGGAGAGGCCAGAUCAGGGCGCAGUGGAGGAAAAGGUUCUCUAUGAGGGGAGGACAGAGUAUCAUGUCUGUUUAUGUAGAAAACACCUGAGGGGGGCAUCGGUCUGUCUGGGUUUACGUGAAUUUCGACUUUCUCACACUUUUCUAUCAGAAUAUUUCAUAAACCAGAAACCUGUCUUUGGUAAUCUCCAUUUAUUAGCCUGAAAGUGACACAAUCGUGGAUGUCGGGCCUUCCUGAUUCUACAGGACCACACCGGUGUCUUUUUACAGCCUGGUUGUUUUGGCCUGGGCUCGCACGGCACCCACAGAAAGGAGGGUGAUUUUACCUUUACAACAGGUUUGUUUCAAGAUCAGUGAAUCAGAGAAACAUCAGCACCCAGAAAGUCUCCAUCCAUAAAAUAAUUGUCAGAUUUAGCAUCAAGAUUGGACUUAAAUUCAGGUAACGGGUCUAUCUUGAUAACAUGGGUCCACAAGAGUGGAGAACCACAUCUCUGUGUGUCUGUGUUAGUUAUUUCGCCCAUUUGUUUAGAGUAUACACUAUAUGUGGUUGCGUGUGCUAGCAUGUACAUAAUUCUGUGUGUGGCGUGUGAAUACCCAAAAGUUGUGUUUUGCUAGGCAGUAGGGGAUCCAUAAGAGGGUCCGGGCAUGCAGCCCAAACGCAGGUCAUUGAGGGAAAAGUGGGGGAGGAGCUGCUGCUGCUGGAGGUGGGGGCUCACGUGUGGUUAUGAGAUUUGAGCAUGCUUGCUGGUGUGACGUCAGUCUGCUUGCGUGCCUGGAUACAUAUGGUACUGUGUGUGCGUGCCGACACAAUACUUCCAAAUGUGUGUGUGUGUGUGUGAGAGAGAGAGAGCGAGAGAGAGAGAGAAGUCAGCGAGGUUGCUGUGGAAUGUGAAACCAGUGUGGCGAGGUAGCUGGCAGGCUGGCAGCAGGACCUAAACACUGACUUCAUUGUGGUUUAGCCUCUGCCUGAUAUUUUGUCAGGGGAUCCUGUCGGUGAUUGUGGAAGAAUUUGUGGUGACAGCAAGUUUAGAAGUUAAAGAGGUGUACAUGUAGCUGGAAAGACGCCAGUUUGAAUCCCAGACUGUGUUUGGAAAUCCAGGCAGUGAAAGUAAAUUAAGAAUGCACUUACUGCCAGCUAUCAUUAAAGGGCCAUUUAGUGAGACACCCUAAAGGGGGGUUUGCUGUUAUGUCACAUAUCUGCUUGAAACCCACAUCUGGUGCCAUUUAGAAGUUCCACUGGAGGCAAAGACCGGCUAAAUAUAAAAUGACGCCGAAAAAAACAGAUACCUGAAAAACAGUCUUUCAGAAUGGGUAUAGGAACAUUGAGUUUUCUGAGCUCUAACAGGGUCAGCGAAUGCCAAGGUUGGAAUUUAACCAGAUUGUAAGCAACAUAUUUUGUAAGGAACUGCCCAAAAACUUUUCCUCAGACCCCUUUCCACCAAUACAAGACAAAUGCACGGACAAAUGGGUUUUGCAAGUAUUGUAAGAAACCAGCCGGUUAGCUUUAAGGUCCUUACACACCGGGAACAAAUUUUGUGGCUUUCUGGGGUGAAAAAAGACGCGUCCCAGGGGAAGCGAGAAGACUGACACAACAGCAGACUGAGUGUUUUUCAGUUCUGAUUAGACUCUGGUGUUGAGAUGUCUGUCUGUCAUGAUAGCAUGUGCUGAGUCGGGGCCAGAACCAGAUAAAGAACAUGAAACUAUAAUCCAUAAACGUAAGGUAACAACCGAGACCUAAUGGUGCUGUGACAGCAACGCGAUUAAGAGUGAAAAUACAUAUGGUAUGUUGUAUCUGAAUAGGUUAGCUUAUGAGCUGAAGUUACUUAGCACAGAUGAAAGUUAAAACAAAGAUGUUUAUCAAACUGUUAAAGAACACAAACCAUUGUCAUAUGAGAAAUCUGACGCUAUGACUCUCCACAAGUUGUCCUUCAGGUCGUUAUCUUUGUAAUAUUUGUGUCUUUUAUCAAAAGCACUCUGUUCUCCGACACAUAAACAAUCAGCCGGUCGGCCAAGUUGGAUAAACCGGUGAAUCAGAUGUCGCAACAACACGCAAUCUGAUUGGUCAGAAGUGGACACAUAGUAUGCAAAACUUAAGAAAAUUAGACCGUGAUACGAAAAAAUAAAUGCCGCAAUAUCACGGAACAGGAAAACGUUGCUGAUGUGAACGCUUGUAUUGACAGGAUACGGGUUCGAAAAAAAAUAUUGAUGCCCGAAAUAAUCGUACGAAAAACGUUCCCAGUGUGAAAGGACCUUUAGCCCCAUAAAAGCAUUAUGAGUGCGGGGCGGAGAUGAAGGGGGCUUUCACACCUGCGCCGUUUGGUCCGGACUUUCAGACUUUUCUGUGAUAGGUGUGAAAUCUCCCCUGGACCUUAGUCCGGACCUAAAGAGCUUGUCUCGGUCAAUCUAUCUGUCAAUCUGUCAACAAAGGCCUGAACUAUCAGAACGGCAAAUGUAAAAAUAAGUUAAGUCUAAUGGUCCUUGCCUUCGUACGUAUAAAAAUACCCAUAGGAUCAACAGAUGACUUAAAAUCCAUAAAGGCUGUAUGCUCUGGCUCAUGUUGUUUGUGAUCCAUCUUAUCAUAUUGGAGCAGAGUUUAGGUCCUUCUUCUGUUUCAGAUAAACUAAUCGACCCUGGGUAAUAGGGCUCUGACUUCUUUUAAUCCAAAAUCAGAGUAUUUGUAUUUGUACUCAUUGUCAUCUGACUAUCACAUGGCGUUCUUGAGCUUUAAAAAUGAGAAGCACGAUAUGAAAAUAUAUAUAUUAAAAGAGAGAUGCAUUCAGUCCCAAUCAAGAUGUGUUUCUGGUGAACAAGUAUCCUUAAUUAACGGCUCGACAAUCAGGUGUCCAGCUCUGACAGGUUUGGCCAAAACAUAUGUGUACUUUGGACAUGAGCACGUUAGGUCCCCUACCGUGAGUUUUUUUUCCCUUGAGGCAGAUAUCUGGGUCUUGAGUCAUUCGGUCUGACAAGAACUCACGGGCUGAGUCAUGACGAAGUAAAGCUUUUUAUCAGAAGCUUCACUCAGAGUGUCGUACUGCUACGGGUGGAAAACUACAGCAAAAUCUUGUAAAGGCCUCAGUGAAGCUGGACCGCAGAAAUGUAGAGGAUCCCAGUAACAAACCCACAUCAUAAUGUUUUUCAGACAUUUUCCCUCUGGGACCGAGAAACAAGUCAAAUUCAAAAGAGAGGAUUAAUCGCUCCCAGAUUGACUAAGUGGUUUUAGAGUACUUGGAGGACAGGAAAACAAACUUCUACGUGUCUAAAACACAAAAACAUGUUGGUUAUUUGAUUUUGUCCUGUCAGGGAAAAAUUACCAUUAUUCCAAGUAGGGUCAGAUGUAUUGGACCAAUGGGAUCAAUCACAUUGAUCGUUUGAUUUACCUUCACAGGAUUUUUUCACAGUGAUUGAUUUAACUUGAUCCUGUCAAAAUAUCAUGAUCAUGUUCAGGCUGAUGUGACUAAAACCUCCAGUAAACAACCAGAUUGAUUGCCGGAUGUUUGGAAAGACUGUUGAAUAGAUGAACUAUUGGACGGUUUGUUGGACGGAUGAUUAUUAGAUGGUUCAAUGAAUAAACUGUUAGAUGGAUUGUUGGAUUAAUGGAUUAAUGGAUUAUACACUGGUUUUCUGGAUGGAUAAUUAUUGAAAAGUUUAAUGGAUGGAUUAUUGGUCAAUGAAGGUUUGAUGGAUGGAUUAUUGGUUGGAUGGACAGAUUGAAUAUUCUAUGGUUUGUAGGAUUAUUGGAUUGUUUGAUUAUUGGAUGUUUGAUGGAAUAACGGACAGAUGGUUGAAUGGGGUAUUGAUAGACUAUUUGAUGUAUAGAUGCAUGAAUUACCAUGCUUACUGGCUUGGCAUAUGCACGACAUUGUUUUCAUUAGUUUUGCUUCAACAGAUGAUAAAAAAACUUUUGGUGAAGUUGUCACUGAAUAGAAUAUUGAAAUUAAAAAUCGAGUUUUCAGAGAAAAAAAUCAGGAUUUUACUUUUUGACCAAAAUCAUGCAGCCGCAAUAGCGAGGUAGAUUUGUUAGUAUUUUCAAGAGAAAGACACAGCAGCAGCACUCGAGCUGGGGUCGCCGCAGAGCAACGCCACUGCAUAUUACUCAUUGAGUAGAUAAAAACAUUUGUGUGAGUCUGAAUGGAUCUGGAUAUUCAGCUCGGACUCAAAUGCCUCGUAUGUCCCUGUACAUGGUAAUCUAAUGCCGCUGUUACACAGUCACUUUGAGUUAUUCACUCUGUGUUUACCACAGCCGCUACAGAGGCUUCCUGUGGUUCACUUUGUCUACAAACCACCAUGUUUGAAUAAUAGUUUAAUCAGAUCCCACUGUUGUUAUGACUCAUGUCACUGGAAUUACUUCACAAGUACUCCAAAGAAAGACGGAUCACUGGAACAGCAAACAAGUAAGAUGACAGUUCAGCUGACAGGAAAAGCAAAUAUUUUAACAGAGAUCUGAAUGCAGUCGUCUGUUUGUAAGUUCAAUGGCAGCCAUGUGUCAGGGCCGGACUUUGCAUUGUCUGGUCCAGAGUUUAUCAAUAUCUUUAGAUGUUUAUGAUCACUUGUGCCGAGACAAACAUUUAUUUGUCUCUGCAGAAAUCAGUGAUCGAUGUGUUAACACCAUAGACUGUAUAUACUCUGGACAACUUGGUUCAGCCUCCCGCCUGUAUACAGAUUUGAAGCCAAAAAGCUCUCGGUAUUCCCGGGAUUUUUCUUCAUUUCCUGAAAUCAGCGCUGUGCAGUAGCUUUGUGCACAUUCGGAGGGAGAGUCGCCGAGGGUAUGACCUAUACUGCAGCCCAUCAACAGAGGGUGCUGUUCUUGGGGUGGCUUCACCCAGCGAGGAGGCAGAUGCUGUCCGUUCUAUAUACAGUCUUUGGUUAACACCAAUAUUGGCAGUAGGGAUGGGCGAUAAAUUAUCAUUCAUGAUAUAUCGUCAGAAAAAUCCUCUGUGAUAAAUAUUUGCCAUCUCACAAUAAAUGCGAUAAAUGCAAGUUGAUGACAUAAGUGCGAGUGACGGACUCACAGCCGUAGCCCACACAGAGUAGAAUAACAAACAAACAUGGCCGAAGCUAAUAAAGAAGACGUCUUAUUUGACAACUCCAACUGGUGUUCUCAAGACAAAAUCGCCAAAAUGGCAAAUCUUAUCGUGAUAAAUUUUUGAGCCCAUCCCCAACUGGCAGUUAUUUACUGUAACUUCACUGCACUGUGUUUUUUUCUCCUCAGGUGGACCGCAGCAACAAGCAGCCAUGCUGUCCCUAGACGAGCCACUGGACCUGAAGCUCCCUUCAGGACGCUCAGAUGGUCCAGUGAGAUUAGGAAAACGAUCGUAUCCCUCUUCUAUCUGUGCCCCCCUCAACGCCACACGACCACGCCUGAUAUGUUCCACCUUUCCAUCUCCACCUUCUUCCCCAGGUAAAAGACAACGAAACAUAAGUCAAUCCUCCUCAGACAGAUUCAGCUUUGAGUCUUCAGUCUCCAGUAUUUUUUCACAGUGUUUAAGACUAAGACGGUUUUAAUUGAACGGUUUAUUAAGUGGAUUCUGUGUUCUCACUCUUCCACUAACUUAAUUCUGUGAAUUCAGUGAAUGACAGCUUUCUUCUGUCCCUUAUAAGAUGCACAUUGUUCAUGGAUUUCUCUCUCUAUAAGUGGCUCUCAAUAAGAAAAGCAUGACACUGACAUGAAGAAGUCACCCUCAGGGCCCCUGAGACCGUCUGAACGGACUCUGCAGAAUGACCAGCGGAUGUUUUAAAAGCUCCUUAACCGUAUUUGUGAAUCCUCUUUGAAGCUGAAUGUUCAGAGUUUGCUCCUGGGGACUUCACGGGUCUGUUUUAGAAACCUUCAUCUCGAGGCCACGUUUCCACAUGACUUCGAGGGUUUCUAUGGAAGUGACUAACCUAGGUGUAACAACACUUGGCAGCCCAGUGAAAACCACACUGACCUUUUUUUCUACUGGGACUCACAGGGGAAUUUCAGAAACACAAGCAGACGACCUUUGGCUGACUUCAGGAACUAAGGAUACUUCGUAAACUUUGUGUUAUUUCCACUCUUACCCGGACAUUAACUUUUGAUUCAACCGAGACUUCACCUUUGUCCUUCCACGUUAAAGUCCAUCUUUGGCGAUCAAUCUAAAAGUGAUAAAACUGACUGACACGCUUACACUGACUGGCCAGUUGAUCUAGAGUUUAGGACGUUGAUAUGUUGUACCCCUUGUUCAGCAUGAGUCUGUUUUUUCUAGCUUUGUGCCUUCAGGCUGUAAGUCCAACCGAACUGUAACAAGAGCUUGUAAAUUAACACCCCUGAUCUUAGUAACGUCACUCUGCUUUGACUCUCCAGAUUCUCAGUCUUCCUCUCAAGAGCGACCCGGGUCCUGCUGCAGCCCUCCAGCCAUGGACCUCAGCCUGUCACCUUCCUCCCGCCACGCCUCCUCUCUGUCUCCUUCUCCUUCUACACCCUCUUCUCUCUCUCCUGCCUCACCCCUGGAGUCCCCAAACUGCAGCAGCAGCCCUCAGCCGCAUCACUUUCCACGGGUGAGUCAGAAUCAAGUCACAGUUCUAUUGCGGUUUAUUCCGUCUAAAGAGGGAAAUACGGUGAAGGAGUUUGUUUUGGUUUGAUAUAGGGCUGGGCGACAAACCGAAAAUUGACAGAUACUGAAAUCAGUAACCGACUUCAUUUUGCCCAUGUCAAUAUAUUCUGUGUCAAAAAAAUAAAUAAAUCAAAGUUGGUUUUGGAUUUGUGUAGGUAGGCUAUGGUCUCAUGUCGCUUUAAGACGGUGUCCUACAUCAGAGACGUGACUCCACCCCAUCCAAAAAACAAAGAGGGAAAGACAGGUGAGGAGAUGGAGGACGGUUCAAAAGUUGUAGAAGUUGUUGGAGAGGCGUCUGAAGUAGACAAAGUUAAUGUGGGAGGGGGUGAGCAGCUUGUGGAGUAGUUAUCGUCCAUUUAUCGUUAUCGAGGUGAUAUUGAUAUUGUUUGAGGCCAUAUCGCCCAGCCUUAAGUUUGCUAAAUAUUAAACAAGAAAGAGUUGAGGAUUAAAUGUUUUAAAAUCAUAAAGGAUCAUGGGAGUACUGCUGGUUUGUUUCCCUCAGAGUCGUCUGUGAACGUACUUUCGCAUGUCAGCAGAUAAUCUCCUCCAGGGUCACAGACUUUUCGUCCCACGUCAGCCAGCAGCUGAUCGUGUCUGAAUGUGCUGCGCUCUUCUUUAACACUGGAUUGAAUUGGGAUCCUUGUGAUUGAAUCUAAUUUACUGUUGCGGUGUCUGCACACAGCACACAGACGUCCACUGACUCUCGUAAAUCUAAUUUCAACCCUGAUUAAACGAUAAAACACGACACACAGAUCUCCUUUGUUAAAACCUCAUAUCUCUCAGACUCAUUCUGGAGCUUUGAAAGGACACAUUUUAAAACAUUUAAUUCAUCUAAGGCGAGCGUAAAUACGACCUAUUUUCCUCGCAGUAAUAUCAGCAGAUUCUUCAAAACUGGGGCGUUUUUUUUAAAUUGAGCUCUCUGAACCGAACGAGCUUCAGAUUAUGUCAUACAAAAUAAGUGUCCACAUUUUGUUCUUUAACUUUUUAACCACAAAUAAUUUUGUUGUCAUGGUUUAUGGUGAGGUUCCACAGGGCUCAAUACCAGGACCACUUUCUUUAUCAGUGUUCAGGGCCUCACCUCAGAUCUGUUCACGGACAUUUAGUUUGGACUUGUAAACAUAUAUUUUAUUAGGAUUUGUUGCAAUUAACGACUCCAUAGUGAGUAAAUGUGCAGUUUUUUGUCCGUGUUGGGAAAGAUUUUAUAAUUUCGGGAAAUUAAUCUGAAAAAGAAGUAUGCGAUUAGGGACACGACAAAUGUGAAUUAAAACACCAUUGUUUAGUUUGUUUUUUUUUUUAACUAAUUUUUUGGUGACUUUUGUCAUUUUGUGUCACUGAUGACAGACAAAAUCUAAUCUGUGGUAAAUACAGUUUUAAAAUGUUUCUUAAAAACUUCUACUAAAACUUUGAAGUGGUAAGAGUAAAGAUUUCAUGUAUUGUCACUAUAGAAAUAAAUUCUUCAGUUGAGACAGCGUGCCGGCUUGAAGUUACCUGUCUGUCUGAUCUUCCAGGAACCAACUCGCCAUCGAGGUGUGGAGGGCGGAGCUUCACCACAGGGUUUCCCCUUUUAUCUGCCCAUUGGGAGUCCGCCGAGGGCGUACAGCUUCCCCUCCCCCAUCUUCAUCGGUCAGAACAGAGAGAAGCAAGUUUCACCAGAGCCCUCGCUGGACAGUCAGCUGGCCUGCCGAUGGAUGAAGGUGAAUAUCAGACGGAAGUCAUACACCGCACUCGCCAUCGAUAGGCUUGGAUAGUCAUAGUCCUACAUUAAAUACAAUACAUCAUCCCAGGUCAACACUCAGCCCUCCUCAGUCAAUAUCAAUGUACCUGGAUGUGUUCACCCUGCAUAAAUAAGUCUAGCCACUAGAUGGUGCUGUGGACAAAGUUUAAAAAUUACAACAGGAAGAAACUGCAAAUUUAUUUACAUUAAAACUACAAGACAUGAAUAUGUUUUAACUCGAUAAAGCACAGGACUUUAUAGUUGAAUACACUGAAUACUGUUUGAUUUGCUGCCUGUUUUUGUUGUUGUAUCACUAAAAAUGAGGUAGUCUGAAGUUUGGGGGGAUUGGAUGAUCAAACAUUUACAGGAUCAUUUGGAUCAGGACAAAACUUUCAAUUAAAACAAUUAAAUUCAAUUAAUCAGAGAAACUUUUGAAACAUUUUCUACGGCUUUGUUGCUGCUAAAUGUGAGUUUGGUGACCUUUUCUUGGACACCAGAAUCCACUAAAAACUACGCUAUGAUACUUGUUUCCAGAUUGUCUGUGUAAUUCACAUCAUCUGUCCAAAUCAAAUAUUAAUAAAUAAAGUAUCAAUUGUCAAACCCUUGCAAAAUCACCUCAAACGUGCACUAUGUGUAAUUAGUUUUCUUCACAGUGUAUCUCUUUCUCUCUUGCUCGGUCCUCUAGUGCCACCUGCUGUUCGACUCGCUGCAGGACCUGGUGGAUCACAUCAACGACUUUCAUGUCAAGCCUGAGAAGGAUUCUGGGUACUGCUGCCAGUGGGAGGGCUGCGCUCGUAACGGGAGGGGUUUCAACGCCAGGUAUAUUUACAUUCAUACCAUGACCUCACCUGAGGCAAACAAUCCCAACACAUACGCAGAUAUGACAGAUUAACCCACUAUGAACUCUUUAAAUAUCUUAUAUACACUCAGAGACUUGUUGCAAAGAUGUGAAUGAAACUAUUCAACCAACAGUGACAAGAGCAGCUAAUGUUCAUAUUUGAUAGUCUUUAAAAACAUUCAUUUUUAUCAGUUAGUUUCAUUUUUCGAGGAUGGAAAAGUCUCCAUUUAAAACAACAACGAUGAUGAUGGCAUCAGGAGAUUUUUAACAUCACUCACCAACCAGCAAGAAGUAAAAACCUACAUCAGAAAAACUUAGAUUUACAGUCAAAGUUAAUCAAAGUGAAUCCACUCUUUAUGAUAUUAUUGAGAGGACACGUAUAUGAUGUGUACCUUGGACUCAAUAAAAUAAUGAUCAAAUAAAACAGGGAUCAAUAAAGUUGGGACUUUGAAUUAUGAGGUUGAAUUAUGUGUGGGCUUGGUUAUAAAACAUAUCUAUACGGCUGUAUUAAUAAUUAACAAUUCCUGAUUUACGUUUCUGUCAGCAAUCCAAAUGUGGUCAAGUUCACAGCAGAGGUACAACUUUUCUCCCUAUUAUUUUUAUAAAACUCAAACGUGGGGUUCCUCAGGGUUCACGGUCUGGUCCACUUAUUUUGUCAGUGUUUGGGGUGUCUCCUCUGACCUUUUUUUUGGGCCUUUUUUUUCCCGUAAACAUCAUCUUUUUACCAUCUGUUGGUGCUGUUGGUUCAAAAUUGUUCUUCCUCUUCCUGUUUGAUGCUGUUGUUCAGAUGAUCUGUUCUGCUUCUCGGUGUCUCAUGAGUCCAUAUAGGCUGGAAUCAGAUGUCACUCUCUUUCUCUCUUGAAUUUAAAGGAGCUUUAAGAGCAAAGGUUAAUCAUUCAUUCAGUCGUUCAUCCAUUUAUCACGACACGGACACAGAUCCUGUUCCCUGAUGACCUCAGACUGUGUGCAGGGAAUCAAUCAACAAAGGACCUCUUGUAACCAAACUAAACUAUCCCUAUAAGUGGAGUAAAAAUACUAUUUUUACAUUUUCCAGACUUUCACACGAUGAAGUAAAAUAUUCCCAACAAAUAUUGUUGAGGGGGGCAGGUUGCCAGACUGGACAUCUGGACAACACCAAACAUCACUCAACAACAUACUGCACUGUACAUCCGUGUGCAUGCAAACUGAAUCCUUCUCACGCUGUUUUACAGGUAUAAGAUGCUGAUUCACAUCCGCACGCACACCAAUGAGAAGCCGCACCACUGCCCCACCUGUAACAAGAGCUUCUCUCGUCUGGAGAACCUGAAGAUACACACCCGCUCGCACACAGGUGAGACAGGAUCGAGGAACUGUAUUGAUCCCCGAGGGGAAAUUCAAUUAGCAGGGUGUGAAAAUACGACCUGGAAGCUUCUCUAGACAUGAUGCAGAUGCUCAGAAUUUCUACCUUUAUGAAUGUAUCCUAAAGAAAGACAAAAACUAUUGACUAUGGAGACUGGGGAAUGUGGGUUUCAAAGUCCAAACGUGUGGCUUCAAAGCCUUUCUGUCUGAUGAUUUGGAGGAGUGACGUGUUGAAGGUGUGUUGGGUUUUACAGGUUUACAGCGGACAAAUGGAAACUUCUUUAUUAGUGCAAUUCAAGAGGAGAUGGAGGCUCAUUGUCUGUUUAUACAGUCAAUAGUUUUGCUCGUUGCAGCCUCUCCAAGGUUCCUCCCCUGAAGUGCAGCUUCAAGUGAUUCAGCAGGAACUAGUAACCCUCCUUAGCAGAUAAAAUUCACUUAUCAUAAUUAUUCUUCUAGAGGAAGGUCUGCGUCCUUGAUGAAGCUCACAGAGUUCCAGAUCUAGACGCUACAUGACUCUUGACAGACUUUCUUAUUUCACAAAACAAGUCUGAACCAAGGAGACAGGGCUGACGAGUUAAAGUCAGGUCUUCUCUGUGCAGAGAAAUCACCUUACAGCAAGAGCACAGUGCAAAAAGUGGAAAUCCAAGCAGGUGGAUUUGGGUUGUUUAUGGUCAGAAAUAUCUGAUUAGACAAAAUUCAACCCAGAUGAGCGUUUUAUGUCAAGAUAAGCCUAACAUGAGCACAAUCAACUAUAACACCAACUGUAGUGUUCUGAGGAAAACUGAUAAAAGAUGAUAUCUGUGUAGUCGACCUUGACCAUGUUUGAUGUAAACAAACCAAAGGAGCACAAAGUAAACCUCUCCUCUCUUGUAUUAAUUUGCAUCUUUGUGCAUUUAGAUGUGGCAUGCAAAUAGAGCAGGCCAUUUGCCCUAAUAGAGCGAGGCAACAGGAAACAUUAGAGCAUUCAAACAUAUUAAGUGGGUAAAUUAGUUUUUGUUUGAACAUUGUCCUAGGAUUCACUCAUGUAUGUUUGUGACAGUGUACCGUCAGUUAGAUAGGAGAAAAUCACCUUUGUACUCAUGCUCAGUGAGAGGAUGACUAAAAAGUUAAAGAGUUGAGGUCACAACCUUUUCCCGUCCUUGGUGUCCUUUUUACUUAGAAAUCCAGUGACAGAAGGAGGCCGGCUAUUUAAACAAAGACUUACUGUCUUUGUAAUCAAAGGUGACACGUUUACUUUCAUGCACUUGAACACUGUUUGCUCAGUGCAAAUGUGUUUCAGUAUGAGCAGUGACGUUAACCGACCCCAAACAGGAAAAAGCAGUCGUUGUAAUGAUGGAGCCGUGAUUACAACAGCAUGUCUGACUGUUUUGUCACUAUAAAGGUGGGGUAGGCAGGAUUUUGUUAAAGAAGCAUCUUUUUUUUUGUGGUGUAUAAACAAAAAAGCUUUUAAUAUCAGUCAAUAGCUAUUGGUUAUUGAUGACAUUUGGUAAUAUAACAAUAUCGCUGUGUUCUCUCAUGUCUAUGUCGUCAACAUUUUACAUUUUUGAGCGGUCCGCUCUUUCUGACUGUAAACAAAGCCGUUCUCCACCUCCUCUAACCUGAUUGGUUGUGAGGCAGACGCUGCUCCCCCGUGUCGUUCAGGAGCCCAAACAAAGUUAGCGUGCUAUAAUAUCGGACAGUAGAAACCAACCAGAAAGUUCGGAAAACUGUCUGAAUCCUCCUUUGGCCACGACUGCCAACACAAGCAAGAAAACAAAGUAAAUACCGGCGACUCUGGAGGAAUAACAGGCGCUUAAAAAAGGAGGUAGACCGGACAAGAGCUAAGAAACCAGGUCAACAUCAUUUAAGCAUUAACACUUCGGGGACGCUUCGGGAUCUUGGUGACCCUGUAACAUUUCUGCUGGACAGGUAAACCGCUUUAACAAAGUAAGACAAGUGUCUGUAACAGAAGUGUUUCUUGUCAAACGGGACCCACUUCAUGUUGUAGCGCCACUAAACUGUUGACCUCGGGUCCUGGACUAUGUCACUUUAUCCUAGUUGUAGAAGUCCUGCAAACAUUGUGUUUGCUGGUAGUCUGUUGGCAUCUACAGUAGCACCAAUGCUUUUGACUUUCACCUUGACUGGGCCCCAUUUGUAAUUAUCUGAAGUAUUUAUCUGCAUUAUAUCUGAAUUUAAUUGGAACAAUAUGAGCGAGCAGGAGCGUCUGUUUGUGGGCGGGGCUUGCUGGAGCAGAGAAGGAGGGGAGAGGAGGAGCUGAGGGGAAAACUGGUUGUGAGGGGUAGAGUUUACAUUCAAGAUUUCUCCUAAAAACUGGAACUUCCUCAGAUCCUGACUACUCCACCUUUAACUUCAUGUGGUUGGCAGUUGUUGUCCAGAUCUCAUUAAGGAUUUUGUUUAGAAAGGACUUGGGUUGUGCAGACUGGAUUUAGGGAACUCAAAGCAUAUCAGUAAGACCACAUGACUGGCCAUAGCUUUUUUAGGCUCAAGUCAACCCUUCCUCACGCUGUUUAUUCUCUUUUCCAUCCUCCAGGAGAAAAACCUUACAUAUGCCCUUACGAAGGCUGCAGCAAGCGUUACUCCAACUCCAGCGACCGCUUCAAACACACCCGCACGCACUAUGUGGACAAGCCUUACUACUGCAAGAUGCAAGGCUGCCUGAAGCGGUACACAGAUCCCAGCUCGUUACGCAAGCACAUCAAGGCUCACGGGCACUUUGUUUCCCAGGAGCAAGGUGCUUCCAGCAGGUUGGGGACCAGGACAGGCCCCCUCGGGCACCAGAGCCCAGUUGAGCAUCCAGCUGUAGGCGGAGCCCACAUCAUCAUCCCCAGUGCUGCAGCAGCUCUUCUCGGGGGCCUCGGGGGGUCUUUGCCUCUCUCUGCUUUCUGCCACGCCAGAGCUCUGGGCCACCAUGCGGCGCCGCUCUUCUCCCUGGGUGGAGGAGGCGCAGGCUUCCCUGACUCUCCUCUGUUACACUACGGACUUUCAGCUGCAUCCAUGCUGGGGCUGGGAGCUCUGGGAGGACUGGGACGGAUGGCAGGGAGAGACAUGGAAGGUAAAGAGGAAGAGGAGGACGGCGAAGAAGGGGAGGUGUUGAACCUGUCUGCAGGGGUGGGAUCCAGACGAAGUGACCCUUUAUCCUGGGUGGUUGUUCCCCCAAGGGCACUUCUGCUCAAACCAGCUGUUGUCAGCUAGACAUGGACUCGGCAAAGCGUGUGUCCCUGUUUGCAUGAAAUUUAACUGAGUGUGUGUGUGUGAGAGAGAGAGUUUGUGUGUGUGACAGAGGGAUCAAAGGUCACUGUUCCCCUCAGAGCCAUAAAGAGCACUUCAGUCAUUCCAGCCCAAGAGCAGCUGAGAGCAAAAGCACACAAGUCUUAAUGUUGAUCAAACAGAACUUUAAUGAGACUUAAGUGUUUGCACCUUGCAUGUUAAAGCUGUUACACACUUUUAAAGGUCAACAAGAAGAAACCUGGAAGAAUCCAGCCAUGCAGAUCUGUCUUCAGUUUUUUCUUAUAGUAAAAAUGUAUUUCUGCAUCAUCUAAAACAAACAAACAAACAAACAAACAAACAAACAAACAAACAAACAAACAAGACAGUAGUAAAACAGUAUAAACAGUUUCCAGGGAAUUGUUUAAGUAUUGAAUUUGGAGGCAUCGAUCUGAACCUCUGACAUCUAUCUGCAUGGCUGGAUACUGACUCUAUUUUUCUUCUAUUCAUCAGCAACCUAACCAAAACACUUUACAGAUAACAAUCACCUCUGCAACAUUUACAAAACAAAGACAUGGAAAUCAGGUACACUCAUCAUUCUGUAGUUUUUUUGCAACAUCCCAGCUUACUGCUUUCAUGCUUAUUAACAAAAAAUGGGAAAACAUGAUCAUGGGGGGCAAAAAGAGAAACAGUCCAAACAUCUAAAGUUAGUUUGAUAAUGACACACAUGAGAUUUUUUUUGUCAUCUAGUCAUAAAAUGGAUUUAAAGCAUUUACAAAUCAGAUCCUACCAUGUCUUUGUGACUAUGUGGUGAUUCCUGUAAAGUGUCAGUGGGUUAAAGUUGUACUGAAAUUGUUAUGUGCAUCUGAGAAAAGUCCUCAUCAUCAAAAUAAUGAGGCCCAAUCAUGGGUGUAUUAUCAAGACCUGGGUAAAGAAGCUCUGCUCAGACCUGCCUCUAUUUUUACCCGGUGGCCACUUGUGGUAAUGCAGUAAGGGCCUGUGUCCAUCUAAUGCUUUUCACAGGCUGUACAAAACUAACACAGCUCAGUGAUUUCAGUACAUAUGGGAACUCUGGAUCAGCUGAUUUUUCCAUUGAGCUCACAUCACUGUCACAUCAGUGCUUAUUUACAUGCUUUUCCUCUCAAUGACCAAUCAAAAUCUAGAGGGGGCGGGACUUCUAAAAAAAGAUGAUGAGCAGAUCAUUUGAAACAGAUUCAGUGGUCCCAACUCAGAGAGGUCAAAAGUGAUAACUUUUGUGAACCUACAAAAGUGACCGACUGUGAGGAGUACUCUGAAUUUGUGGGUGUGGGUUGGAGCCGUCAGUGGACACAGGCCCUUAAAUAACGAAGGCCUGAAAAGAGGGCAUCUUUGAGUUCUGAAUCCAGAUCUUUAUAGUACAACAAUCCUGGGCCCGAUACGAUACAUUGUGAAUUAUACUUGAGUUUUUCACAGUACUAGUCACAAAGUGAUCACAGAAAGGCUACCAGCCUCUCUUUGGAUGAAUUAACUCAGAAACGAACUGACUCAGGAGUAGUAUCGGACAUUUAUGACACUACAGAGUGUGGUGACCGGCUUUGCUAACACAAGCUCCCUGUCUGACCAUGUGGUUUUACAAAGUCACAAGAAGAAGAACUGUGUUGACGCAACUGAAUGUAAGUUUAAGGUUGACUUAAUAUGUUCGUACUCGCUCUAUUAACCAUUCCAAGACAAAGAUCCAACCAGGAUCAGCUCUGCUUUCGAGACGAGACCAACUGAGGACUGCAGUCACAGUGAAACAGACAACGGUGUGUAUUGGACAAUAAUGCGUACACAUUUGCUUUAGAUAAUUGUUAAAUACGGAACAGUAUCCAACCAGAAACCAAACUAUAACAUUUCUCUGUUUGUUUGUUUGAAGUGCGGAUGUUUGACGACGGCCAUGCGAGGCCUGUUUCUAUGUUGAUUUCUCUUGUAUUCCUGUUUGCACUUUGAAUUAUCCUAAUCAGUAUUUCAAUGGUGUCUAAGUGCCUUGUGUUUCAGUCAAACUAUAUAACACAAUAUACGACAAAUAUUUACACAAAUGUAAAGUGUAUAAAAAUACUUUUCAUUACAUGCUAGGAAAGCGAAAUGACAACAGAUGUGAUUUGUACAUCAGGGCCACUGCAACACUGUCUGCGGACGUCACCAGGACAAUGACGAGGACAACGACUCAGUCAAUAAACGAAUUAUCAAAAAAUCUCAUUUCGUGUUGCGACUUCAUUUUGAGAUGUGCCAAUGUGUGGUCAAACCAGCUGUGCCAGUGAGUUUUCCGACACAAUGGCGGCAGUGCACAAUGAAUAUCUCUGAUUUGAUCACUAAGAAAGGCCCAACCCACACGUCAGCGCCAGGGUCAGUCCCCCCCUCCCUGCGGCACUGACUAUUUGACUUGUUGACAGUACCAGCAGGUGGUUUAAAGGAUAAGAUCACGAUUAUCACCACUCUGACUAUGAAACGAUUUUAAAAGGUAUUAAAAGUGCUAAAAAUUAUCGGGUAUCAGUCCAAUAUCAGCAAAAAACUAAACAAAACAAAACAAACAAACAAAAAAAAACAAUACAAGCAGUCCAUUCCAGACUCCGCUCCAGCCUCUCAAGCUAGUAGUGCCCAGAUCCAGCAUGCAGACUCGACGUGAUCACAACAACAGUGUGUACCGAGGCACUAACAAAGUGGAAAGGGAUAGGAGUGAUGUUGGCGGUGUGGCAGUAUUUUUCAUCAGAAAAAGACGUUGCAGCUAAGUGCAAAACGUGUCAUGCGGAAGUUUGUGCAAGUAUCAGAUUAACAUCGGUUACUGAAGGCUACAGUGUAUGUGUACCGUUGGAUAUCAUUGAUGAAACCAGUCAAACAGGAACAUAAUGCUGGUGAAAUCUCACCACCCUUACUCUGAAAGCCACAGGUGACUGACGUGAGACUUCCUGCUGGACCAGAUUCUUAACUUUUGUAUAACAUAGAUCAGAGAUAGAGAUCAAACCACAUUUCACAUGAAAGUACAUUUCAAUACCAAAACUUCUUUCUGUCUACUGAAUCUUUUCACAUUUGAAUUACAGCAAGUAUGAGGGAUGUUUACGUCAGUUUGGCUGAUCAUGGAAUCAAAGUGAAUAUAUACACUCACCGGCCACUUUAUUAGGUACACCUGUCCAACUGCUCGUUAACACUUAAUUUCUAAUCAGCCAAUCACAUGGCGGCAACUUAGUGCAUUUAGGCAUGUAGACAUGGUCAAGACAAUCUCUUGCAGUUCAAACCGAGCAUCAGUAUGGGGAAGGAAGGUGAUUUGAGUGACUUUGAACGUGGCAUGGUUGUUGGUGCCAGAAGGGCUGGUCUGAGUAUUUCAGAAACUGCUGAUCUACUGGGAUUUUCACGCACAACCAUCUCUAGGGUUUACAGAGAAUGGUCCGAAAAAGAAAAAAUAUCCAGUGAGCGGCAGUUCUGUGGGCGGAAAUGCCUUGUUGAUGCCAGAGGUCAGAGGAGAAUGGCCAGACUGGUUCGAGCUGAUAGAAAGGCAACAGUGACUCAAAUAACCACCCGUUACAACCAAGGUAGGCAGAAGAGCAUCUCUGAACGCACAGUACGUCAAACUUUGAGGAAGAUGGGCUACAGCAGCAGAAGACCACACCGAGUGCCACUCCUUUCAGCUAAGAACAGGAAACUGAGGCUACAAUUUGCACAAGCUCAUCGAAAUUGGACAAUAGAAGAUUGGAAAAACGUUGCCUGGUCUGAUGAGUCUCGAUUUCUGCUGCGACAUUUGGAUGGUAGGGUCAGAAUUUGGCGUCAACAACAUGAAAGCAUGGAUCCAUCCUGCCUUGUAUCAACGGUUCAGGCUGGUGGUGGUGGUGUCAUGGUGUGGGGAAUAUUUUCUUGGCACUCUUUGGGCCCCUUGGUACCAAUUGAGCAUCGUUGCAACGCCACAGCCUACCUGAGUAUUGUUGCUGACCAUGUCCAUCCCUUUAUGACCACAAUGUACCCAACUUCUGAUGGCUACUUUCAGCAGGAUAAUGCGCCAUGUCAUAAAGCUGGAAUCAUCUCAGACUGGUUUCUUGAACAUGACAAUGAGUUCACUGUACUCAAAUGGCCUCCACAGUCACCAGAUCUCAAUCCAAUAGAGCAUCUUUGGGAUGUGGUGGAACGGGAGAUUCGCAUCAUGGAUGUGCAGCCGACAAAUCUGGGGCAACUGUGUGAUGCCAUCAUGUCAAUAUGGACCAAGCUCUCUGAGGAAUGCUUCCAGCACCUUGUUGAAUCUAUGCCACGAAGAAUUGAGGCAGUUCUGAAGGCAAAAGGGGGUCCAACCCGUUACUAGCAUGGUGUACCUAAUAAAGUGGCCGGUGAGUGUAUGAGCUUCUUACUGAGUGAAACUUUGAGCUCAUAAAAUCGGACGAACCUUUACAGAGUGACCUUUACAACAUGUGGCCGCUCCACCAUUAAAAUUGUUGUGACUGGUUUAGAGGUAUACUCAUGACCUUUUCUGAACUCAAGUUAUUCUUCACAUGGGGGGGAUUUUUCUAAAUUCUGGAUUUUAUCAGUACAUUAAAACACACAAUGAAAAGACAAAAAUUCAUGGAAAUACGUCAUUGAUCUACUGGAGCAAACCAAACUAUGAGGGGAUUGACUUGUCAACAGUUAUUGCUGUGCCUGUCAUCAUCACUGCCAACAGGUUGGACUUGACAUCACCCUGAGCUUCUGCUUACACUCUCUGCAAAAGAAAGACAGCAAGAUGGUGAACUUUGGGACUACUUCACCUGAAUUUUUACCUCCAGUUGCAUUUCUCUCUCUUUGGUCAACUCUGAAAACAUUCCCUGAGUACGAUUAUCAGUUUCCCAUCCCUUCAUUGUCAGCGCCAGACUAUUGAAUAUUUUAGUGCAGGAUACCCCCAAAUCCCACAUCGCACUCCAAGUCCUGAUUGUGUAAGUCACUACUCCACUACUCACACUUAGAUCAAACUGCAGAAAAUCUCCAGACUUCAUCCAGCCAACAGGCGAAAUUCUCACCCUGACUCUUUCCCAUAUGCAAAAUUUCCACAAGGAAGUCAAAGUUACCCGGAAUUUUCACCAAAUCCGAAACGGCUCCGAUCCGGAACGGCGGUGAUCUUUGCCGAACGCAGAUUCCUACGAACAACAGGAAACGCAAGAACUCACAAGAACCUGCUGAUUCACAUGUAACUGGCGAUAACAGGUUGUCUUUAGCCACAUAGACUAACCAUAAAAGCAGUAGAUUGUGUCCUUCCAGAGGAGGAAAUGAGGUCUAAAAGCCUUUCACUUGUUCAUCCCCACCCAUUUGCAUGGUUUGAAAUAUGAUCUGCCUGAAACACGGAGUGUUUUAUUUUGAAAAGAAGCCCCAUGUUUUAUUUUGUGUCUGUGCCCAACCUUCUGUCCAGCAGGGGUUAAUCUGUGCUAAAUUUAUCCAGCAUGCUCCGGCGUCCAGAAAAAAAAUAUAACUCUUGCCGUAAGCUGCGGAGUCCGGCGAUCCACAGCGGAACGGAAAGAAGCUGGUGCAAAUUGACACAUUAACUUGAAUGGUUACGAUCAGCUACAAUCAACGGAUACGGCCUUUUCGUAGCCGUUCUGGAUGCGGUGGAAAUUGGGGGUUAGUCUACAUAAGAACUAAUCAGGUGUGCCGAUCACACAGAUGCAAUGCAAAGUCGUCUUUAAAAACGUAAACAUGCAACAUGACGAGCAUUAACCAGAUUUUAACAUUAAAAUUUGGUUAAAAAAAAAGAAAAGACUGUGGAUUAGAGACAUCCAGCUGCAGAGAUUUUAAGCCCAGUGAUGGAAAUGGUCAUAUGUGAGAGAGAGUGCUGAUAUCUCCUACUCAAGUCUAACACACGUCUUCAUAUUGGAAGGGUGACCUUUGGAUAUCUUAGAAAGGACAGUUUUGACAUCUGUGUUUGCAGGAGAGGGGGAUCUUUUCAAACUACAGAAUAAAAAAGAUACCGUGUUACCUUACUUAUUUAAUUAUUUACAACUUUUGAACUUAGACGACACUUUGUUUGACUUAUCAGGAGGUUAGCUUGCUGGCUAUACUCGCUCCCCUGGUCAGGACUUAGACCUCAGCCAACAUCAUCCCGCUCCUGAAUGAUUUGUACACAGGUGCUAUUGAGGUGGUUUUUAGUCGUUAAGGUGAGCAAAAGGGCAAAACCUGAACAGGUGUGGUUUCAUGACUGAAGGACUUUUGAUAUGCAAACAACACAUGAAAGCCUCUUACGAAAGGCCUUGGCAGGAUGUAGACUCCUGUCAGCUAGGAUUACUAUCUAAAUAAAACAUGAACGAAACGUGUGAGUUUCCCGGUCCAGUGUGCGUCUCUGACAAAGAGAAGCUGUCGGCCCGUGUUUGCAGAUCCGUUUUCCAAUAAAUAAUAACAACGUGGUCAUGGCAGAGUUUACACAGACACCUGAGAGCUUAAGUGAGGAAAUGUGAUCAGUUUAUCCUCCAAAGAUAAAAAAGAUAUAAGAUAAAAAGAACUUCAUUGGUUUUUAUUAACAAAGAUAUUGAUAUAUUUAACUCUACUGUAUCAUCCUUUAGAGAUUUAAGCAACCAUGACCUGGCAUCCACUUUUGACCUUUGUAAAGACCAGUGGCGGCUGCUGGUCUUUCAAGGAGGGGAAGCUCAUUUUUCUGGCCUACAUCAUAAUUGUGUUUGUUUAUUUGUAUGUAACAGAACAGUCGCCAAACACAACGGCAGUCGUUUUUAACAAAGACAAAAGUCGCUGAGGAUCGGUAAAGUCUCCGGAGCAGUUAAGAACAACGGGAUGAAUAGCUUGGAAAAGGCUUUGGUAGAUGUUUUAUUCUUCAAGAUCGCUGAUUCGCUUGUUUAGCCGUCAAUCAAAAAAGGAUUUCGCCUCAGACAGCUCAUCCAAUCAUGGAUGCAGAAGCUCAGCGUCAGCGAGAAAGUUGGGACCGCCCUCUCGUCAUAGAACUCCAGAGACGCUGAGUGUCUGAUGGGCGGGACAAAGCCCAGCAUUUAUCCAAUGAGCGUCUAGUUUCGCUGCUGGAACAACCCACUUUGAGCUUCCACAUUGAAGUCAGCAGACGCUGAGCGUCCGGCUGUGUGAAGCGCUGAGGCGCUGCGAGGAUGAAUGAAAAGAUCAAGGCUUUCUAGCGCGUACUUAGUUGAUGAAAUGUACACACAGCAGUACGUAUUUCACCACCUUUUCUUUUUUUGAGCGGGUGACAUUUUAAGGGAAGCUGAGCUUCCCUUGCAGUCUUAGAGCAAGCGCCACUGGUAAAGACAGACAUUUCAUAGUGAUUUAUACUCUGAUAGCAAAAUCAUUUUGACGCUUUGAAGACUCAACAACUUCACUGCCAGAGUUAAAAUGUCUGCCCUCAUUUAAGCCUUCAUUUGUUAUUAAAUUUCCUCUUUAUUUUACACUUAUUCAUGACCUCUCUGCACACCGUGGAGUACACUCUGUGUUUUAUUAUUACAAACAAAUACUGCAGAAGCUCAGAUAUGUUUUCGGCUUUAGACCGUACCCUCUGCACUUACAGUAUAUGCCAUACUUAUUCUAUCAGAUAAAUCAUUAACCACCGUGGUGCAGCAGCUGAUACAGCACUCAGCAUUUUUCUGUUUCUUCAUAAAUCAAUCUUCAUUUUGAAUUUCAGAAAAUCUGGGGUGUUUACAGUCAUGUUUCAUAGCCGAUUCUUUGAGCAACACUGGCAAACGUCGAGGAGUUGACAAGACUCGUCUCAGAAGGUCACGAGGUGAAAUGAUGUCCAAUAUUUGCCUUACAUUUAGGAUACAUACGGGUCACUGGAGUCAGGUGAUCUUUGUUUGUUUCAAGUUUAUCAUCAUGUGUAUUCAGAGGAUGAAGAUUUGGGACUGUAGACAGUCUGGCACCUUAAAGAACAAUAUUACUAUAUAGGGAACGCAUUUUGGCAUUGUCCUGUUGAAAUAAUCAAGAUCUUUAUCAUAUUUUGAGCUGAUGCCGUGAGUUCCACAUCAGAGUCAUGUCUGUUCUUAUCGCAGCGCCACCUGAUGGUCUCAAGAUCACAAAGACCCGGUCUUGUUACUGAGAGUAGUCCCUUUUCCACACAGGUUUCUGAAGCCCAAAAAUACUUUGUAGAAUAUUAUUCCGAAACUGUCAAUCUGUUACUCACAGUCUCUCACAGCGUUAAGCCAAAGCUCUUCACAUCUUAAAUUCUAGAAGACCCUGAGAUAGGAGAUGUUCUUUCAGUACAACGCAACUUUUUCAAUGUUUGUUAAAUUUCUUUAUUAUUUGAAAACAUGUUCGCUGGCUCUGUACGCAUGAAUAACGUGGUCUGAUUCGACAUUCAAUCACGGUCUGAGCCACUCCUAAAACAGCACCCUCUGGUGACGGGCUGCAGUAUUGGUCAUAAAUCCUGCCUCCGCCAGCCAUCCUUAUGGGGCUGUGGACAAACUUUAGAAAUUUAUUACAAAGAGUAAAAAAUUUUCUCCCCCCCCUGGUUGCGAUGUUGACAUGUAGUUACUGUCAGACUGGUUUGUACUCAAGUCCUCUUUUUUCUGUGAAGCUCCAUUUUUAAAAGUUAUUAGGGGGUUCAUGUUUUCUAUGAUUGACACUUGAUACAGCCUAUGGACAUACGAAGACUGCGUAGCUCACCCGGGGGGGGAUACGCAGUUUUAACCGAGUGUCAUCACAGCGACUCUCCCGCCGAAUGCGCACAACGCUACUGCGCAAUGUUGGUUUCAGGAAAUGGAGAGAAAACGCGGAAUUACCGAGAGCUUUUCGGCUUCAAAUCUGUAUACAAUCAGAAGGCGGAACCAAAUUGUCCAUAGUAUAUACAGUGUAUGGUUUUUAAUUAUAUAACUUAUUUGGGUGUGAAAUAAAUUGAUUAGAAAUAGUUUUACAGUGUUGGCUGACUGUAUUAGCUGCACAGGUUUCCUAUUUCAACUUCUGCUUAGUGACUGUAGUGGAGUCUGUGUUUUUUCUCUCUCUCUCUCUCUCUCUCUCUCUCUCUCACACACACACACACACACACACACACACACACACACACACACACACACACACACACACACACACACACUCCAACCCACAGUAAUAAAUUUUCAGUCGUGGUGUUGGAGGGAUGGGCUGCUUUUAAUUGGGAGGGACAAAUCUAAAACAGGAAUUUUUCCAUAUCUCUGCAGCUUGUGCCUCAGUCCCAGUGUGACAAACAGAGUCAAGGCGACUAAAGGUGCGAAGCUGUCAGACGUACCCCACCCCUCCUCCCCCUCUCUCUCUCUCAUUACAGGUGCCUUUAUUCUCUCCCCUGUCGUUCGUUUCCAAGCAGAAGUCAGUGGGGAUGAGUUGGACAGAGGCUACAGGGAGCCGAUAGGCCUUUUCUUUACGAGUAACAACCGGCUUGUUUUACUGAAUCUAUGGCUGGAGCGCAGAAAACUUAAGGAAGUCUCUGGAGGAGGGAAGGGUCGUGGCAGUCAUGGGGGACUCUCGGACCGGCUCAGGUGUUAAAAGGCUGAAAAGGUACGUACUACGAAUGAAUAAUUCAAACUAACUAAAACAGAUAUAUCAGAAAUGGGUUAAAAGUUAAGUCAAAUGUUGCUCGCUUUGGUUAUACACAGUUUCUUUUGAGUGUUGGUUCCUUUGAAAAAAGCAGCGGUUUUUUUUUAAUUACUUUCACAGUUGUCGCGAUGACAUAAAAAUACUGAUUAUUGUUGCGUUUAUGUCAGUUGAUCGAGCUUCCUCAAAUGUUGAUAUCCUCAAUGUUAGUGUGUGAUUAACUGGUGCCAGUUAAACAGGGUGUACAGUUAAACCGUCAUAGUAAAAUACUCUAUAUUUCACAGUCAUAAUAACACACUAGAAUAAUCUCUAACCUCCUUUAAUAAUAACUGUCUGUGUCGGGUCCCCAGCAGAGGUUCACCUGUGUAACCUCUUGGAGAGUAGAGCCCUGCUCUUAUUUGAAGCGAACGUGAUUCACCCGAUUAACAGUAUUUCACACCGUGACUAACCAGUCCGCAUCUUUCUGCUGCCAUGAACACGCAUGGACCACAGAACCGGUAGGGCAGGACCCGGGUCAUACCAAAAAAUGAAUUCAGUAAGAAAAAAAAAAAAAGGGCCAGGUAUAUAGAGCUCCCAAAAAAAUAUAUAUAUAUAAAUAAAAAGAAUAAUUAUUAUAAAAGGAAACGACAAACACCCCCCCCCCCAAAAAAAUAAAUAAAUAAAUAAAUAAAUAAAAUAAAAUAAAAUAAAAUAAAUUAAUAAAGGAAAAAACAAACAACAACAACAACAACAACAAAAAGGGGGGGCAGGUAGAUACAGCUAAAAAAAAAUUUAGUAAAGAAAACAACAAACAAAACAAAACAAAACAAAAAUGGGCAGGUAAAUAAAUCGUGUAGGUCCAUCCCACAAACCUACCAGAAAGCAUCAAAUAGUACUUUCCGUCGUUUCUUCGUUUUUAUAUUUGUUGUCGCAAAGUCACUGCUUCACAUUAUUUAUAUUGUAACAGAGGCAGGUGGGUUAUACUCCACCUGUAGGUUAAUAGUCCAGGCCUGAAGGAGCUGGUCAAGACCAUACUCUUUAU